CUGCUCAUUUUCGGCAUAUAUGGGCCCGCUUUUGUCGUUGCCGUUGAACGUGCCACCGGGAAGCUUGCCUGGUCCACCCCGCUUGAUAGCCAUCCCACCGGUGUUGUUACCGUGUCCGGAACAUUUCACAAGGGAGGUUUUUACGUCGGAAUAUCAUCGCUGGAAGAAUUACUGAGCGUUGAGAAAUGCUGCACCUUCCGCGGAAGCUUUGCGAAGCUGGACAUCCGAACAGGUGCCGUCCAAUGGCAGACCUUCAUGCUUCCCGACAACCACGGCUCCACCGGAGAAUACUCCGGAGCCGCCAUCUGGGGAAGCAGCCCUUCCAUAGACACUCGCCGAAACCUUGUAUACAUCGCCACCGGAAACCUAUACUCCGCUCCUCUUCGAAUAAGACAAUGCCAGGAAAAGCAGGACAAUCGAACCGUCCCUACUCAUCCAGACCAGUGUAUCGAGCCUGAUAAUCACUCCAAUUCUAUGAUGGCUCUGGAUUUGGACUCUGGUGAGAUCAAGUGGUAUAGACAAUUGGGGGGUUAUGACGUGUGGUUCGUUGCCUGCUCUUCUGGUUCCAACCCUAAUUGCCCGCCUGGACCCAGCGUGGAUGCUGAUUUCGGUGAAGCUCCGAUGAUGCUGAGUGUGCAUGUUGAUGGAACCAAGCGUGAUAUCGUCGUGGCUGUUCAGAAAAGUGGGUUUGCGUGGGCUUUGGAUCGCGAUAAUGGCACUAUAUUCUGGUCCACGGAGGCUGGACCAGGUGGUGUUGGCGGAGGAGGUACCUGGGGAGCAGCCACCGAUGGGAAAAGGGUGUACACCAACAUUGUCAACAGUGAUGGCAAAAACUUCACUCUCAAACCAUCGAAGAAGAACACCACUGUCGGUGGAUGGGUGGCUAUGGAUGCCAACACUGGCAAGAUCCUAUGGUCAACCGGAAAUCCUAGCAAUGCCACCGCUUAUGGCCCUGUCACUGUCGCCAAUGGAGUCCUCUUUGCUGGUUCCACGUAUCGGACAGGACCCAUAUACGCAAUGAACGCCAAAACAGGAAAAAUUCUUUGGUCACGGGAAACUGGAGCCACUGUGUAUGGUGGAGUAUCAGUGAGCCACGGUUGCAUUUAUUUCGGGAAUGGAUACAGGGUAAGCUUGGGAGUGACAUUUCCAUCCUUCUCCGGAGGAACGUCACUCUACGCCUUUUGUGUUCGAUGAUCUCGUCAGGGCCAAUCCAAUGAAUAAUAACAUCUGAAAAUAAUCAAGUGAUGGUGACACCAAAUAAAUGAGCUAACGCCUCAUUGGAACGCAAGAUUCUAUCAAAAUCUGGAGAUUUUUUUUUUUUUUUGGUGGGGGGAACAGAAUAAAAAACUGGUACUUCAAGCAUGAAAUUUGGGUCGUGAUUUGUCAUGUUUUGUGGAGAUUAAAAUUCUUUCAGUUGAACAAUGGAUCAAUACUAUACUCAACAACCAAUUCUAUA